AUAGCAAUCCCCUUUACUUCCAUGGGACUAUCAUUCAGCACUGACUGUGCAAUGCAAAUGGAGCAACGGAGCAGCAAUGUGGAAGAUUUCCCUGUUAAUGUAUUUUCCGUGACUCCCUGUCAACCUAGAACUCCUGGAGUCCAGGUGUCAGAUGGUGAUAAGGCUGGGGCCACAUUGCUAUUCUCAGGUGUUUUUUUGGUUCUAGUGGGUAUAACUUUCACAAUAAUGGGCUGGAUUAAAUACUAUGGCACCAGUGAUUUAGAAUGGACACAGUUACUAGGACCAAUUCUACUUUCUGUGGGAGUCACUUUUGUUCUCAUUGCUGUUUGUAAGUUCCGAAUGUUAACUUGCAAAACUUGCAAGCAAAUUAAUGAGAGUGCAUUGGAGAUUGAGCAAACGCCCUGUGGACAAUCAUUUGUUUUUACAGGAAUUAAUCAGCCUAUAACUUUCCAUGGAGCUACUGUUGUACAGUAUAUUCCUCCUCCAUAUGCAUCUCCUACCCAAGAUGGCAUUACCAUGAACACAACCCGCUUGCAAUCGCUGAACAACGCUCAGAACACUAAUCCAGCUGAUGGUACUACAGGGACAACCCCAUGUCCUCCACAGUACUAUACCAUCUACCCUCUGGAUAGCACAGCUUUUGCAGGAGAUGAUAAUUGCCCUCCUUACCAAGGACCAGAGAACGAAAUAAUCAGGUCUGAGGAAAGCCAGGAUGAAUCAGAAGCCACGUUAACUGCUGAUGAAGUCCCUGAUAGCAUUCCACCACCGUCAUAUGAUGAAAUCUUUCCGGUAGUGAGUGAGGAUACUGUAGAACGUUAACUCUGCUGAGUUUGUCAAGCUACAAUAUGUGACUGAGACACGAUCAUGAUUGCUGUUCACUUAUCCCAACUUAAUCCCCGUCCAGCCUUCCGUUCUAUAUUGUUGAGUGGAUUGUGAUAUUGCUAACUGUAAGCAUACAAACAGAAAUGAACCAUUAUAGCAUAUAAUAUGGAAUAGUGGAUACUAUCCUCAUCAGCUAUGCUCUUAUUAUGGAACUUUUCAUUUCACAAGUAACUCAGCUAUGCAUUCUAGAAAAUACAGAUCCUAAUGCCAGAUGUGCACCACUUCACUUCCAUGAUUUCUGAAGCAAUGUGAACCCCUUUGGUUGAGUGAAAGAAGAAUCAGAACUCAGCUAUAAUAAAGUUGAUUUUAUGCUGUUGAGGCAGCUACUUUGGUAGGUAAUUUGAAUAAAUGGCAAAAAGUUUUGCCUAUAAAGUUAGGCAACACACAAAACCUUGUUAAAAUUAGUCAGUUGAAUAUUAUGUAGCUCCUCUAACAGAUUAAUACCUGGAAAUACUAUUCAAUUAUAUAAUUUGCGCUAUCUGAUGAACUGUUUUUUACUGUUUCUUCAUUGGAUGUGAACACCACUGGAAAGGUCAGAGCCUAUGCCCACAACCAGUUAUCCUUGUGAAGGUGACCUUCUUUGACCAUUACACUUUGUGUGGUGUAUCUAGAUCCACAGCCCUGGGGAACAUAUUAUCAGAUUUUGACCCUGCAAUCAUGAAGGAGUGGUGAUCUAUUUCCAAACCAAGAUGAUAUGUGAAUUGAAGACGAACUUGCAAAUGGUUGUGCUCCAUGUACCAUUUGUAUUUAUUCUUCAAAGUGGGAGAGUUUUGCUAGUUGGAAGGUAUAGUUGAAGAAGACUUAAUUAGUUCUUGCAGUAUGACUUACAGAUGCCUGCCCUCUGUGUAUACUUGACAAAAGACAGCGCAAAAUUUAUGUAGUAGAUGCAGUGCAAAUUAACCAGGCAGCUUUAUCCUAGAUGGUAUGUACGUUUUUUGGAUACUUUUGGAGUUGCAAUCAUCCAGCCAAGUGGGAAUAAUCCAUCAUGCUGUUUACUUGUGCAUCUAAAUAGUGUAAAGGAUCUGGGAAGUAAACAGUUGAGUUACUUGCUGCAGAUUUUCUAGUUUCUGACCUCUUUGCUUUGUGGUCUUGUUUCUGUGGCCUCAGUAUUUACGCGACUGAUUCUGUUAAGUGUUUGGACAAUAGGCACUGUGAGGGUGUUGAUGUUGGGCCACUCAGUAAUUGUAACUCUGUUGAAUUUCCAAGAAAGGUAUUUAGAGUCUCUCUUGUUAGACAUAGCCUAGCACUUUUUUGACACAAAUGUUGAUUGCCCAAGCUUAAGUUCGAUGCUUAGCUCAAACCUGAAAAUUGUUCAGGUCUUGCAGCAUACAGGAGUGGAUUACUUCAGCAUUUGAAGUUACAAAUGUCACUGAAGACUGUGUAUUAAUUAGUGAAUGUCCACGUUUCUGUCCUUGUCAUGGAGGAAAGUUUGCGCUGAGGACAUGACAUGAGGAAUUCCUGGGACUGAGAUGAUUGGACUCCAAACACACCAUCUUCCUUUGAGCUAGAUAUGACUCCAAUCACUGUUGCAUUUCCCAAUAAUUUUCAUUAAAUCCAGCUUUGCUUCAGCUCUCACCUCCUGACUGGAAUUUUGCUCUUUGCUCCAUGUUUGGACCAGGGCUGCCAUUAAGUCUGGAGAUCAUUUGUUGUGUAAUUGCUCUUAAUUGCACUGUUUACAACAUUUUCCAUCAGAUUGCUAUUGAUUAAGGAAAGACUAAUAGGUAAUUUACCGAACCAAAUCUGAUUUGACUUUAAUGGGAAUAGUUUUCCUUGGACAAUUUCCUACAAUGUCAGUUGGGUGCCAGUAUUUUACAUGGAUUAAAACAGCUACCAGAGGCAUAAGCAGCUUCAGACCACAUGUCAUCAGCACUGGAGUAGGCUAUUAUCUUGCUUGUGGCUUUUACAAUAUCCAAUGUACUCAAAAUUUCUUCAUAUCACAUGAAGUAAGUCAAAUAAGCUGAACACUGACUUCUGUGAAUGUAGAAACAUUAGUAGAAGGCUGAGGUAUGUCAUCUACUCAGGACUACUCAGCACUUCUGACAGAGGUUAGAAGAAAAUGCUUCAGCCUUGUCUUCUGCGUUCAUAAUUUACAACGUGCAUACAGCCUCCCUUUCCUGCUAGUUAUGGAACUGUCCAUCAACAUUCAUGACUGCAUGGGACAGGACUGCUGUGGUCUGAGGGAUAGUCACUGGACUAACGCUACUUUCACUCCACAGAUAUUGCCAAAUCUGCUGAGUUUCUCCAACAAUUUCUGUUUUUGGUUCAGAUAAUUGAUCUGUUCUUUUUUAUAGGAUUGCUUGGCUCUGCCUAUAUCAUGCCUCUUCCGAUGUUUAGCUGUUUCUAAACAAGAAUUUUUUUUAAAGAAAAAAGGUAGACCCUUAAGAUAGAGCUCAGGCUUGCCAGCCUACAAAGGAGCUCUUUGGAUGUGUUUCCUUGGGACAUUUCCUGCUACAAAAUCUCUCUUGGAAGAAGUAUUAAGGAACUUCUAAAAUAUCAGAGGAGGCUGAAACAGAGAAGAAUGUUCAUAAGAACUUGGUUCUGCAAGUGAAACAAAAUGGGCAAGAAUGUGGAACAGGGAAGAAGCUAUUACAAAAACAUCCCUCGACACAAGUUGUUUCAGACCUUCUACAAACGUUACGAGCAAUGUAACCGAAAAAAUGUUGCUUCAAUAAUUGUUUACUUUCUUUUUGGCAAUUAUCUGUUUCUGCCAUUAAUAGUAUUGAUAUCAGAUCACCAGGUUGCAGAAAGCUGACUUUGCUUGAAGAUAGUUCAAAUAUUCAGACUCAUUUUGGAAAAAUUGCAGAUUAAUUUGCACCAGAUACGUUGGCAUUAAUUCAAACAGUGAGAAAUGUCUCAGUUAAUGUGACAUUCAUUUAUUUCCCUCAUGAUUCAAAAGCACAUUUUCUAUUUUGUGCACAAAGCUGAUAAAUCGUGAUUCUGUAAUUCACUGAUUGUCUUCUUUGUUACAAGAUAUACAAGUAUUUUAAUUAUUGUUUCUGAAACAUAUCCUCAUUUCUGAAAUCUGUAAACACAGAGACUGAGACACUCUGUUAUAAUAGAGAGAAGUGGACAGUACGAUCUCAGUUAUGUUACAAAGAAGCGACUGGGAUUUUCUGAUGUAAAAAUUUAAAGAUUCCAAGAUGGCAAUUUUCAAUAAAUGUAUCAGAUAAUCUACAUUGUAAUAUACUGAUAUUUUAUUAAAUGGUGCUCCAUGUAACUUUCCCAAUAUUGCAAUACAAUAAAGAUAUUACUGAAAACAUAAA